AUGGACGACCUACCGAGUGCGAUCGUCGUGGAGAUUCUGAGCCGCGUCAACGAUUCUAGCGACCUCGCGCGGUGCCGUCUCGUCUCCAGAAACUUCCGGUCUCUCUCCUACGAUGUCCGGGCAAUCAGUAUCAUCUGCUCCCACGAUCGCUUCGCCCGGUCACGAGCACCUGAGACCAGAUCCUUGACUUUUCCUUUCAAAUCCGUCGUCGACAACCUCGUCUCCCUUCUCCGGGAUCGCCAACUGGAAUCUCUAUCCUUGGGUGUGGAGGAAUUCUUCACUGAUGGUAACUGCGAGUUCGACGAGUCGGACGAUCUCCACUUGACGGCCACGGACUUCGUUUCCCGGUGGCUACCUGGCAUCGGGAGACAGCUGAGGUUGCUCUCGAUCUCGGACCUCUGGCUUCAGUCCUGCUGGCGACAGUCGGAGGUGUUGGCUCUGAUCUCCGAUUGCUGUAAGUUCUUCCUCUAUCAGUUGAUUCAAAACGUUCAAUCUACCACUCCGCCGCAGGGAUCCCGCAUCUAAACCAGUCCUCGCCUCUUCGCAGGCGAGCACCUUCUCUCUCUGGAGGUGAGGAAGGCGUGGCUCUCGGUUGAAGGUCUAAAGCCGAUGCCGGCGUUAGCAAGCCUGACGCUCGAGAUCAUCCGACUCGAUGACGAGGACCUGGAGAAGAUGAACGCCUGUUUCCCCUCCCUCGAACACCUCAACCUGAUUGGCGUCGGUGGGCUCAAGCAGCCGAAGAUCCAUCUGCCGCGCCUGAAGACCUGCCGCUGGACGGCCUCGCACGUCCCUUUCUCCAUAGCCGUUCACGCACCCCUGCUAACAGACCUCAACCUGGUCUGCGUCAGCCCCAGGGUGCUCUCUCUCCGAACUCCCUCCCUUCGCCGCCUCCAUCUCAAGGUGAAGCAGGUAGGGCUCGUCGAGGCGGACAGGCUCCUCCACCUAAACUCCUUGACGCUGGAUUCCUCCUCCGGCCUGCAAAGCCUCCUCCGAUCCCUCGCCGCAGGCGACGACGCCGACAACGAAGCCGAGGAGGCCCCACUGGUGGACCUCACCACCGCCUUCCCCAAUCUGGAGGAACUCGAAAUGUUGCCAUCCGCUUCGCUCGACCUCGCCGCCCCCUCUGCCAUCCCCAAGCCGGUGUUCGUACCUGCACGCCGCCGCCUGAGGCGGCUUACUCUCCAUCUCCAGGAACUCCCGAUCUCCCUCGCCGCCUCCAUCUACUCGGUUCUUCUCGCCUGCGGCCACCCGCAGAGCAUCGUCAUCCUUCUCCAUGGGAACCUUCCCAAUGAAGAAGAGCCUUCCGUUGAUAGCUUCGUCUCGGUCUGCGCUAACGACUUCCCUCACAUCAAAUGGAGUUGGGCAGCGGGAACUCUCUAA